AUGGGUGCAGUCGAGGAAGACAUGAUUAUGUCCUCGAUGGACGUCAAAAAGAGUGAGAUUUCGAUCACGCCAAAAGUCUCCGCUCUCGACUUGGCUUCCACCUCCUUCAAGGCCGAGUUCCAGUUCCAGGAGGGCAAACGAGGUGCUGUCUUGGUAAUGCACAAGCCGCAGCAAGAAUAUAUUCCUCAGGGCAGGGUUCUGAGCAUCAUCCACGAGGCGCACCAGUUGAAGGAUAAAUAUAUCGUCAGCAGUAUAUUUACGUGUCCAGGGUAUUAUCUAUACUUGUCCAACAGGUCCGCAGAGAGGGUGACACUGGCGCUUACUGCUAAUACAUCGCUUACAACUCCAAUAGACGUAUCUGCUGGCAGAGAAGCUUCAAUCGAUUGGUGGACGGACGCUCAAGCAGCGUUUCUCCGAAAGGCGUUUGACAAAGCUGGACAGUACCGUUACACGCCUCUCUUUGACCUCAAGCGCAGGCAACAUUGGUUCAAGCGAAAGUUCCGUGGGGCAGAGGUACAGUCGACAGAAGAUAAUCUGUGGAUUAAAUGUCCCACACCAUGGGACCCUCUUGAUGAAGACGGAAAAGAAGAUAUCGUGUACGAUGAAUGACGAAGAUUCCUUUUCCCGCCGAUCUGCGGCGGAGGACCGUUGUUCAUUCGUGUGAUAUACCGCGAGUAAAUAUAUAUAUUUACCUCUUGGUCAGGCCGAUCAGGUUGUGAUUGCCUGUUAUUUCAUGCAUCAUGCAUCAAUUUCUCUGACCUACGAUGGCUGCGUCACAGUAUUAAAUCUCUAUCAUACUAUGUAUCUGUAACUACACCAUGUGAUACAUUUUAUUUGUCCAUAUGCAAGGAC